AUGAACACACAAAAGGAGGAUUCUAAGGCUAAAAAGACUUUUGAUUGUGAUAAGAAGAGGAAGGAUAAGAUAAAACCAGAAAGGGUGCUCAGAAUACCAUGUGAUAUAAAGAAGGGAGACUUUUAUAAAGUAACCCUGCAUAAUAGUGAGAAUGGCACUGGGAGGGUGGUUGACUUCAAUGAGAGGGAGAUAAGGUUCAGUGAGUACACAGAGAGUGACAGUACAGUAGUAUACGAAUAUACGCAUAAGGUAGAUAAUAUCGUAAGUAUAGAGCCAAUGAUACAGUCACUACAGAAAGAGAAGAGUGUUAAGAAUAAUAUAGUUAUAGUUACGAUGAGGACGGGGACUACUGGGUACGGUGAAUUACAGAGGGAGACUAAAGACGUGCUGGUUUUAGAUAAUUUCGUGUUCUUCUCAGAUGGAUCCAUUCCGUACGAUAUUACUAUAAAGAAAGUCUUAAUACGGGAGUAUCUGAAACUGAAUGUGCCUGUAGGGGAGGUAAUUGACAGUGAAGAAUUAGAGAGGACAUUUCAGGUUGAUGAUGAGAUAAGCAAGAAGAAAGAGGGGCAAGAAGGGCGAGUGAAGGAGUUUCAGCCAUUUUAUAGUUCUAAGGAUACGCCUGUAAAUGAAAGUAUUCAUAAGGCGGGGCAUGGUAAGAGAGUGUGGAAUCAGUUUGAAGCCAAUGAGAAAUUAUUCGGGAUGAAAGCCACGUUUGAUGAGUCUAUGUACACAACAGUAUUAGAUAAGAACUCAAAGGAGUACAAGAAGUAUGCACAUGAAGCAGAAUGCAUUGCCAGGAAGAUUGACAAGCCAUCUUCAUCAAACCCACACAUAGAAGAGGAAAGGGGCCGAAUCAGCAAUAAACCAGAGGAUGAGAAGUAUGGAUCAGCAUUCUCAAAAAAAGACCCAAGAAGAGAGAAUAAGGAAGUACCCGUUAAGGAAUUUAAAGAAACUGUCAAUGAACCCAUAAAGGAGGAGACUAAAGAACCAAUUAAUGAACCUGCUGUGGAAGUAAAUGAAAUAACUAAGGAGGUAAAGGAUAUGACCAAGGACGUAUCUCAGACUGACCCAAAGAGUACUGAAUCUGCUGAAGUAUCUGGUAUACCUGAGACUAAGCAGAAUAAUAUACAGAGGAAUAUAAUCUCUACACCACACAUGAAAAGUACAUCACCAAAGAAACAGGAUAAAACCAAACCUGUGCCCCGUGCAAUUAUAGCACAGGCAGGUGUGGAUUUAAGUGACAUGGUAUUCUCCAGUAUGCGAAACAAGAACAAAGCCGAUUCUGCCCCUUCCCCAGGGCAGGCACCUGAUAAAGAAAAGAAAGAAGAGAAAAAACCUUUUGUUAAGAAAGUAAAACCAGAAGACACGCAGAAAUCAAGCACACCACCACGGCAGCCAGGAAGAAGACUUAACCCAGCUGCGAAUAUGUUUGAUCCUGUCACUGCCAAGAGGACUGAAUUUGUUGUUACCCCGGGAGUGGCUAAACAGCUUAGAGAGCUUGGUGAGGCAUGGACAGUCACUGGACAAGUCAGUGAAGCCCUGUGGAAGAAACCAAGCGAAUCAAUAAAAAAUGAAAAUACAGAAAAAGAAAUAAUGAAAAAAGAAGAUUUCAAGAAAAAAAAGACUGAAAAGGAAGAAGAAAAGAAACCAGCCAGGAAUAAUUUUAUACCAAAAAAGGAAUAUUCUAACAAAUACUACAAGAAACCGUAAAUUAUCUUUAUUUCUACUUAACCCUUCAUUAUAACGGU